CUUGAGUAUUUUGGUUUUUUCAAUCGAAAAUCGCUACUGCCGCCAUUCUUUCUACUAUUUGGAAGUUUAUUUCACACCUCGCACUUAAUACCCCGUGGAACAAUACAAACACUUCCUUUAUUUAAUAGUAGAAAAGCCAGAUGCAAGGCGGCCGCGCUAGUGGUGUUUUUAUUGCUACAUUGUUUUUCCUUACAAAAAGAAAAAGCAAUGAAAUAGCGGCUUUAAUACACUGACACCCCGCCGCCCGGCAUCAUGUCAGCCGCUGCCUCUGCCGCUUCCAGCACCACCACCACCAUGGUGGUGCAGCAAAUCCAGCAAAAAGACCACUUGGAAAAGCAGAAGAAGCAAAGCGGAAUAAAUGCAGCGCUCAACCUGGCCGAUGGUACUCAGCAGCAAGCAACGAGCCCUUUGGAAGACCAACUGUCCAUGCUGACUUUUAUGCUGCAAGACAACGACGAUGUUAUCAUGGAUCUACUACCGCUAAACGCGAAGCAAACCGUCACAAACGACAUGAAAAACAUCAUCCUCACGAUUUUUCGCAGCAUGAUGGGAAGGUUGAAAGAGUACCGGGACGCGUUCAUAAACCAAGUGCAACAGCAUCAACAACAGCAGGCGGGAAUAACUCAUCUUGUUAUGCAGCAGCAAAACCAGCAACAUGGUAUCAACUUCAAAAAUUUCAAACUUGAGCAACUCCACACACUACUAGACAUUUUGUCCCGGCUCUGCGACAAUCACCCAGACUUCGCGGCGCAACUCGCUUCCUAUGACAGUGCACAACCCCCCCUCCCCCUCAUUUGUCAUGCAAAAUACCCAAUCCACCCUUUGCCUGUUGGCACUGUUUGCAUGACAAGAUCUCGCAGCCCAAAUAGCACUGUACUCCAGUGCAAAUUUGUCAUGCAAGACCGGCACUCUUCCUGAUGCUUGUAUUGCCGUUCAUGCUAUACAAAUGAGGCAGAGGGGGAGUUGUGCACUGUUAUACUUCCGGUGCGGAAAUGAACGCAGCGGAUCACACCACAGCUUCGAGUACUUAUCAAAUGCAAAUAUGUCUGGGUCUGGAAACUUGUAAUGCUAAAAGUGAAUGAUAGAUGCGCCGCAAUACGCAGCUAUGCAUGACAAAUUUUGUAGUGGCUGCCAUGUCUUACGUAUUCCGCAAGGCAAGCUGCCUUUUCGCAUGACAGUUAGGAUGGCUCUUUCGUGCCUAUGCAACACAGAUUCUCGAGUCAUGCCAGACAAGCAUGACAAACUUGCACUCUUCCAGACCCAGACAUUUUUGCAUUUGAUAGUACUGGCAGCACGAACUCGAACCCAGCCGGAGACAAGAUCAUCUACCAUGAGAUAAUCCUCUCGUUGACAAAAGCGGUGUCUACCCUCGCGUCAACGACGCCCACGUCAACUUUAUCAUCCCCGUCUGACUUGAGCAACAGCAAUACGAUGAACAUGAACAAUGACACCAACGACCAAGACGCGCAGGACGUGCUGUGGCGGUUGACAUGGUUAGUCUUAUGCUACAAGGGACUCCCAGGGGUUACGGAGUUGCAGGACCUUCCCGGGAGCCCUGCCAUGUCGAAUUUGACGACAACGCAGGCGCUGCGGUUGUACUAUAAUAUUUGGUACAAUUUGUCCAAUAAGACGAAAAGGCUUCCCGCCAGUGCCCAGCUCCACGAUCAAAACUCGUUGACCCACGGGAAAAAAUUGGUGGCGAGCAUGCUGGAAAAGAUGUUCCCGAUCUUGGACUCGCUGUUUCGAGAUUUUGAGAUGUUCAAACCAGGAGGUAAUUUUUCUCAGACCGGUGGUGUUACAAGUACAACUACAGGGAACAACAACAGUCUUCAGCAUCUUUCAGGCGAAGCACGGGAGAAGAAGCUCGCUCUGGACAAUUUGGAAGCGAAUAUUGAGUAUUGCCAGCAGCUACUUACCCGGGUUUUGGACUUUGCCACUGAUGUUUUCAAAAAGGAAAACAGCGAAUAUUUCUUGAAUAUCUACGACGCGGGUCGAGAUUGGCGACAUUUGGAAGACAAUCAUCGGCAAAGGGUACAAACGGAAAGGUUGCAGUUGAUGAUAUUGCUCGUGCGUUUGUUUUAUGCAAUGCAAUAAAAGUAUCGUACUAGUAUAAAUCGCAUGACAAAUUUGCUCAGCAUGAGAAAUAAGAUUUGUCAUGCUGUUUUACCUUGGAAAGGAGAUUUGUAAUGCAUGAUUGCAAUUAAUACUACGAGUGCGAUACUUUUGCACUGGAUAUGUUUGUGAAGUAUUCGAAGCUUUUCACGAACCAGUGGCCGGGGAUAACCGACCAGAAGGUGCAGUUGUCGCCGAAUCAAGCGCCGUUUGGAGGUAGUAGUAGUACUGGUAAUGCGACCGGUGGUUUAGAUCUUUACGAGGACGACCAGGAAUACCAGCAAUUCGCUACCAAAGGCUCCGUAUCAACUGCAAAUAUGUCUGGGCCUGCGAGAGUGCAGGAGUUUGUCAUGCAGAUUUUGCAAGGCCCCUGAGGUCUGUGAUGCAUGCCCUAGCACCAGAGAUCAUGCGAAGGCUUUCUGAUGCUCAUACCGCAUGAGAAAUGCCCUCUCCGCGUAGCAAAAGACGCACCUCUGUUGCUGUUCAUCCAAUACAGAUUUGAUGUAGAAUCCAAAGGUAGCAUCACAAGUUGCAUCCUUCCAGAUUCAGACACAUUUGCAUUUCAUACUCCGAACUCUUCUGCGCCUUUCUGCGAGCGAUCACUUUCCUCAAGAUCGACCAGACCACACUGCAGCAGUUCUUGGCAAGUCAGGGAACAUCAACUGUUUCCGAUGCGGAAAAGCAGAUUAUUGAGAAGACCUACGCGCAGGACAUAAGUCAGGUUUUUCUCGAAUUCUUUUCUGAAGACGAGCAGUGUUGCAACGACUGGCUGUAUUUUUCCCAUGGGUUUUUCGGCACCGACAUGCUAUUGUCCUACUUCUUCACCAUGGUUGAUACGAAUGCGAAGGAUACACUAUCAAAUGCAAAAAUGUCUGGGUCUGGAAGAAUGCAGGAGUUUGUCAUGCAUAUUUUGCAUGCCCCAUGAGGUCUGUGAUGCAUGCCCUAGCAUCAGAGAUUUUGCGAGGGCUUUCUGAUGCUCAUACCGCAUGAGAAAUGCCCUCUCCGCGUAGCACAAAUUACGCAUCUUUUGCUGUUCAUGCAGUACAGAUUUUUUUAGAGUCCAAAGUUAGCAUCACAAGUUCCAACCUUCCAGACCCAGACACUUUUACGAUUUGAUAUACCCCGCAUCUGUACAAAUCGGAGCAGACGGAGCAGGGAUUGCUGCAACAAUCGCAGUAUCCUGUGCAAAAGUAUCGUACUCGUAGUAAUCGCAGUCAUGCAUUACAAAUCUUUUUCUUAAGGCAAAUCCGCAUUACAAAACUUUUUUCUCAUGCUGAGGAAAUUUGUAAUGCAUUUAUACGAGUACGAUAGGAUACUUUUGCAGUGCAUACGCAGUUGGAUGAGAAGGGGCAGAAAAGACAAGUAAAAACGGUCCCUCUAUCCAGAAUACCGGGCAAAGUGGAACUGUGGCGGAAGAACGAGCAGAUGGCAAAUUUGGUUUUGUGUUUCGUUUUACGCAAAAUCGUGCAGCCUAAUUCAGGGUUUGCGCCCGGGGAUGAGAAGGAGCAGGACAAUUACGGUGAUGAGGAUGAUGACGACGAAGAUUUUCUAGACCAGCAGCAAAACGCCGGCAACUCGCCGAAUUCGCUGAAUGAUGGGGCGAGCUCCAUCGGGAUGCACGGACAACGAGGGAAGAUCAACGUGGAGAUUCACGGGGGGAAUUUGCAGAAUAAAUCUUCCCGGAAAAACGAACUUCCGCCGUUGGUUUUGCUCCAGAAAGAGCACUUAUACACCCCCGCGCCAGAACACGCAGUUGGGCAGCAGCCACCGCUCAGCCCGCGGGGACCAGCCGUGCCGCAGGGAGGUCUGUCACAACAACCUACGGAGAAAAAACUUCUUGACCCCUUUGCCGUUGUGUCCACGGCCAACGUGGCCGCGAAUAAAGCUGUGACAAAUAAUCAGCAGAUGAACCUCGCAGGAGCUCCAGUCACGGUUUUGGACCCAAGAACGGGGAAGAAGCAGGACAAUUCUUUCGUGAGGAGUAUCCUAAGGAAAAACGUCCCCACCCCAGAGUCAAGAUGGGGAUUUUGCAACACAAACCUCGAAGCUUUAGCAGUCACGCAUUACAAAUUGCAGGCUCUAGUGUAGUGCAGUUUAGCAAGGGAAGUCGCAUUACAAAUCCAUCUGCUUAUCCUGUUUACAGCAUUACAAGCUCCAAAACACGAUUGGAAAUGCCUAUCGGACCAUGCGGAUGCGCAUUACAAAUGCUCGCGUGCUUGCAGAUCUGCAUGACAACUCUGGAGUGCGGAUGUUUUUGCACAGGAUAAGGACCUACUGGUACUGGACAAACGUUCCGAAGAAGCAAGCACACACUAUGCGUUGCAAAAGUAUCGUACUCGUAUAAAUGCAUUACAAAUUUCCUCCGCAUGAGAAAGGAAAUUUGUAAAGCGGAUUUACGAUAAGAAAAAAAUUUGUAAUGCAAGACUUGCAUUUAUACGAGUGCGAUACUUUUGCACAGGAUACACAUCGCCGGCGAGCAAUUAGAGGCCUGGAGCAUUCUAGCCGAUAAGGUGCUCGAAAAGAUGCUUCCCGGGAUAAAACAACCCAACGCGUAUAAGAACACGGGACACCUGCAAGGCGUGCAGAUUCAAAACCCCCACCAGGAGUUGCACGUGGAAUUACCAUUGUGGCUGCAACGGGAGGUGGGCGUUGCACCAGGUGACAAAAAAAUCAACCUCCUCUCCCUGUAUUUCAAAGCGAUGGAAUACCGGGAGUUUUUGUUGGAAAGACUCCUCUUCUUCUGCGGCUGCCUACCGAAACUGCCCGAGCUGAACAAUCGGGUGAAUAACUCGCUAAACCCGAUCUUUUACAAGUGGAUGAGCAACGAGAACGGGCGAAGAGACGCUUUAAUUUCUCUAGGUAAGUGUUUGAUGCAAGAGGAGUGCAUGGUGUUGCCGAAACUGCGAGUGGAGCAAAACGGAGCGACUAACAACUCAAAUUACCUCGUCCGCUUGGAAUACGAAUAUGGGAGUGUCAGGAUCGAAGUCGACAAAAUCGAAAAAUUUGUAUAUGCAUAAAAUGUAGAGCACGCAUGGCCUGUGUUGGGGAGCAAGCAAAUGAACCCGAUUGCAAGCCUGUUUAGGGGAAGGCGAUGUGCUGCCAGAGUAGCAUGACAAGAGCAGUCUCCUUGGCCCAAACAGCAUGACAGACUGGAUUUUGGUGCUCCCGAAAUUUGUCAUGCGCCGCUUGGAAACUGAGGCUCCAACUGGUAUCGAUUUUAUGCAUCGCAAAUUUUUCGAUUUUGUCGAUUUCGAUCCUGACACAUCCAUAUGGAACAAAGUGCAAAGAUCGUGGACGAGCUUGCCGGCAAUCACAGAUGGGAGAACUUCAUCGGGUUUAAAAUUUCCAGCCCGACAAGCCCGAAGGGGCUCCUCGAGCUCUUUGACUCGCAACGGUGCGAAGCGUUGGAAAAGAAGGAAGAAAUGUGGGAAAGGGUUUUUGAAGUUGCGUUUUUACUCUCCGAGAACCCCAACAUCAUCCAGCAAAACCAGGCCAAUCCCCAAAUGGACUACGCGUACCAAAUUUUGAAGUGGCACAACAACAAACCCAAGCACAUCAAGCAAGCGGCCGUCGCGCUGAAGAAGUUGUUGAAGAGCGGGGAUAAAUUGAAGAUGACACUAGAUUCUUUACGGAAUGCUUUAGACAUAUGGUCAGAGAUCUGGACCCACGUCUGCGACGAAAUCGAGGGGAAGAAGCAGGUGAUCACACCACCAGGACAACAAAACAAACAAGACGCUUGGGCGACGUCAACUACAACCGGUACUCAAGUUGACAGCGGCACACAAAUCGACUUUGUCGACCAGCAGACCGAGGACCAGCAGAUCCGCGUGGAUUUGAUGGAAGUCAGGGCCUAUCAAAUGCAAAAAUGUCUGGGUCUGGAAGGAUGCGGACUUGUGAUGCGUGUUACGAUUACGAAUCAUACAAAAAUCUGUGUUGCAUGACUUGCAAGAGGUCCCCAUUUCUGGCCAUGCUGACGAGAGGGCAUUUCUCAUGCAGAAUAGGUAUCACCAAGGGGCUGCAGAACCUGUGAUGCUACGCCCUGCAUUCCAGAGUUGGUGGAGCUUGGAAAAACCGCAUGACAAGUCUCAGAAUCUUUCAGACCCAGACACUUUUGCAUUUGAUAGGGCGAUGCUGUUAGUGGAGUUUCUCCGGUUGUUGUUCAAAGAGCAGAAGUAUCCUGUGCAAAAAUAUCGUACUCGUAUUGCAGUCAUGCAUUACAAAUCUUUUUGUUAAGUCAAAUACGCAUUACAAAUUUUAUUUCUCAUGCUGAUUUGUAAUGCAUUUAUACGAGUGCGAUACUUUUGGAGUUCAUAAGAAGCAGCGGGUCCGCACCGAGGCGUCUUUGCGCAUCGCGGAGCAGGAAACCGGGAGGCGGGAUUUGAACGCGUUGAACGAAAAGAUGAAUUCCCUGGCGCAGAACCGCGAGCAGUUCAUGCUGUUUCAGCAGAGAAUCGCGCAAUUGACCGUAGAAGCGGAAAAACAGCAAUUAAGCGAUGAGUUCUUGCUGCAGCCAAACGCUUUCGGACAAAACACCAAGUCGAUUUUCGAGCAGUACUUUUCACCGAUCUGGAGUAUCGCGUUGUGGGAAUCUGCGAUCUACAAUUUCUACGACGAUGACGUCUACUGGCAACAAAAAUUCCUGAAAAAUUUCGUCCGAAUCUUGCAAGCAAUUCCACCAGAUUUGCUGAUGUUCGCGAAAAUUGUACCAGCAGGGGGGUCUGCGCCGCAAGCCGCUGUAGUCACUGCACAACCGCUCAGCACGCGUUUCAAGGCCCUUCUACUCGACCGCAACCAAAUCAACUUUUUGGAAAAGUACUACAAGACCGUCGAGAAAGACACCUGCUACGACAGCUACUCUGCCGGCGGAGGCAGUCAUUCGCCGAAACGAGGGUAUUGGGGCAGUUACGGCGCAGGGGGUCAUGGGUUCAGUUACAAACAAGAAUUUCUCCGGGAGUACUACAAACUGCAUUUGCUCUUGAACGGAAUCACAAACCGGCUGUUGCCCGGGAGUUGCGUUGCGAAUACAAGUAGCGGGAGUAGCGGAAACCUCCAAAGCCCCCGUACAUUGGUACAGCAUCAGCCGCAAAAUAGCGCCAAUCAGCAGCACGUGACGUACUUCUCCGGUUUAGACCCUAGUCAGUCGAAGUUCAGUCUCUACAGGAGGUGUUGCGUUAUCCGGGAGGUUAUGAAAUGCAAAAAUGUCUGGGUCUGGCAAAGUGUACACUUGUCAUGCACAUUUUCCAUGACCCAUGAGGUCUGGAAUGCGGGACUUGGCAUGACAGACUCUGCGAGGUCUUUGCCAUGCCUAUCCUGCAUGAGAAACUCCCUUCCAACUUGUUCAAAAGUGUACAGCUUUUGGCACUCAUGCAGCACAGAUUUUUGCAUGCUUCAAAUUUACCAUGACAAGUUGCAAUCUUCCAGACCCAGACACUUUCGCAAUUCAUAGAGGUUAUCGACAUCAACUUCUUCGGCCAGCUGGACGCAAAUCAGAAGGACGAGAUCAUUUUAAAACUUCGGAAUUUCUUGAAUUCGCAUUGCAAGAUGGUAUGAACUGCAAAAGUAACGUACUAGUAUAAGUUGCAUUACGAAUUGACUUGGUAUUAGAGAUUAAAUUUGUAAUGCGGAUUUGCCCUAGCAAAAAGAUUUGUAAUGCAUGAACGCAAUUAGUACGAGUACGAUACUUUUGCACAGGAUAGAUGGCGACGAACAACGACUUGGGGUCCGUGGAUGAGAACGUAGUGAAGGUGAUUCUCAACAUUGGGAAACGGCUGGGACGGCAGAUCGUGUGACAAGGAACAUGAUGAUUUGGUAUAGCGAGCAAAAUAGAAAACCAAAACGAAAACAGGUGCGUAGCGGUCGUAGAAGACUUCUACGAACAAAGAAUUAAGUAGAUUGAGUACAGCGAUGAAGAACAUGAAUUAGAGUAAAGCAUUUAAACGAUCCAAACAUGAUGUAACGCAGUAAACGUUGUUGCUAGUAGGAUCCACCUCCAGAUGUGGCUCUUGAUACUUACCCAUUCUCCCAAAAAGAAGUCUUGAAGUUGUAU